AUGGCCAGACAAGAAGGGCAGCUGCUGAUCAAUUUGAAAACGAACUAUCCCGAUACGGUGGUAGAUAUUGGGAAAAUAGUUUUAGGAGAGAGAUCCAGAAAGAAGAGCUCUUCCAGUCAGAAAAAGCAACGAAAGGAGUUUUCUAAAGCCGUGUGUGCGUUGCUGAAUUCAGGAGGAGGAAUGGUGAGGAUGGAGAGCGAAGACAAGAACUACUGCUUUCGGAAACAUGGCAUCGGUCUGGACAUAGAGCGGAGCCUCAGGGAGUGCAUUGACGGCAGCGAGACCAGCGAAUACUUCACGUGGAUGCAGCAGGGGAGUCACCUGCUGCUUUUUGUUAAAACAUGGACCUGUGGAGGUCCAGAGCAGAAGAGUGAAGCCACCAAGCCGCGUAUCUGUAGCUUGAGCACUGGUUUGUCCCACAGGUCUAUCACUUCGGUCGUCCCUAUGACUCCAAGCUACGCUGCUGAAUUUCUGAGGAGGAAGGCAAGCGGUGCCGCGCACCGCGGUGAGGAUGGGCCAAGCACUAAGAAAUCUCUGCUGAAUUUGGACAGAGGGGCAAAAGUGACCCCCCUGAACACUGAGGAGCUCAACAUCCUAGAUGCCGCGGCCAGGUUUUUAAAGAGAGACAAGCUGAUGGCUGGGGAGGUCCUGGAUUUCACGGAGUCGACACAUACUGAAUUUAAGAACUUCUCUACAGAGAGCAUCUUGGGCUACAUCAGAAAAACCCUUCCAAAUUACAUCUCUGCCUUUGCAAACACUCAGGGUGGUUAUUUAUUUUUUGGAGUGAGCGAUGACGGUGAAGUCAUUGGAAGCCAUAGCAAAGUGGAGAAAGAAGCCUUAGAAAAAACAGUAGCUGAUACCGUGGGCUCGGUGGCCGUCCAUCACUUCUGCAGCUCUCAGGCCGGCGUGCAGUUUCAGACUUACAUCCUGAGCGUUCAUGACGAAGCAGGAUGCUUUCAGGGCUAUGUCUGCGCCGUGCGAGUGGAGCCGUUUUGCUGCGCUGUUUUCCACGAUAACCCUGAAUCCUGGACGGUGACGGGUGACACGGCCGAAAGGCUGAGCGUCAGGAAGUGGACGGAGCUCAUGACAGCUGCAGACCCAGAUCUUUCAAAUCUGGCUGAUAAAUUUGAGAAUGAGCUCAGCUUGGCAAACGGUCCUCCACUUAUCAAGCCGGUUUAUUCAAAAGCUGGUCUCCAGUGUGUGUCUGAACUCCAAGAAUGCCUCUACCCAGUGGGUUCUAAUGAAAUCAAAUGGAAGCCAGAAACCAUCUGCACCGACCUGUUCUCAGAGUAUCCUGGAUUAGAGGAUUUAAUGAAAAACCAAAUCCGUCGGCUUAACAAGGGGGUGCUGAUAUUUUCGAGGAGUUGGGCCGUUGACAUUGGACUGUGGAAAAACCCGAAUGUUGUGUGUGACGUUCUCUUAGUAGCUGAGAACGCGUAUCCAGUGCUGUACACCGUAGUCAAGGACGCCUCUUCUGCUGAGCCUGAAAACUCGAGAAGAACUGCUUAUGCAUUAAAGCAGAAACUGGUCAACGAUGGGGGAUACGCUUCAAAAGUGUGUGUGAUUCCCCAAAUACUGCACCUGAACGGCACAAGGAACCAGAGGGAAGUUGCAGAGGAUGACUGUCCCCAGCAAGAAAACGGGUGUAGUUACACCAGCUUGUACCCAGAGAACUACAUCCUCACCUCCAGGGACAUCCCCGCCUUCCUGCGUGCGCUUGUGAUCGUUGUGCUGCGCUUCAGGUCCUAUUUAAGUGACCAUCUUGGCUGUGAGAUUUUCAGCCUUCUCACGCUCAAACAGUAUGAGCUGCUCUCCAAGAACCUGCGCAAAGCCAAGGAGCAGUUUGUCCUUGGGCUUCCUGGAACAGGGAAAACAAUCGUGGCUUUGAAGAUCAUUGAGAGAAUAAGAAACAUUUUUCGCUGUUCUGCAGAAGAGGUACUCUACAUCUGUGAAAAUCUACCCUUGAAGGAGUUUGUGGGAAAUGAGAUCUGCCAGUCUGUGACACGUGCUGCCUUUGUAAGUAGGAACUUCCCAGAAGUGAAACACAUUGUGGUUGAUGAAGCUCAGAAUUUUCGUCCUGAAGAGAACUGGUACCAACGUGCCCGGGAGCUAGUCAAGAAAAAAAAUGGGGUUUUCUGGGUCUUCCUGGAUUUCUUCCAGUCCACUCACCCGUAUGGCUGUGGUCUGCAGUUUUCAGAACUGUAUCCUCAGGAAUGGUUGACCAAAGUGGUCCGUAAUGCCAAGCAAAUAUACAACGUCAUGUUUAAUCUAAUGGAGGAAAUCCUCCGAGAACGUAAGACGGAUAUGCCCUAUGAGGUGCUGGAAGAGCUGUUUAAACAGGCUGAAUGUGCCCAUUCUUUGUCAGGUGACUACAUCAUAAAAAAAGAUAUGGGAACAUUCGAAAUGGCAGAGUACGUGGCCAGGCAGUGCAACAGCUACGUCCAGCAAGGCUACCCCAUCAAAGACGUGGCGAUCCUGUGCAGCACGCAGGAGGCAGCGCAGGUGUUCAGAGAGAUCGUGGAACCUGAGCUGAAAAGACAGAUGAGGAAAUGCAGGGCGAGGCUGGUCUUGGGGCUAGCGGAGAAUGUUUUAGAAAACGUCAUUGUUGUUGACAGCAUCCGACGCUUCUCAGGCCUAGAAAGGAGGAUUGUGUUCGCCGUCCACCCUGUCCCUGCGCAAGAGGAGAUCUCUCUCAAUCUUUUGCUCUGCGUGGCAUCCAGAGCCAACACCAAGCUCCAUUUGCU